GAAAUAGAGUAAUAAUCAAAUAUAAAGUUUUAAAAUAUCAUUAAUUAAUAAAGUUAAACCCCUCUCCUCUUGUCAUAAAUCUCGGUUGAGUAUAUUUGGAUCUAAUUGUCGUAAACUUGAACUGAUGGCGAAUUCAAAUCCUCCAUCAGACCAAGUCAUUCUUGACGACCUCGAACUCGACCUCGAUCUCGACUUAUCAUUCGACGACAUCAUCCCUCCAUCCGAAGCUGAUGCUGCAGCUUUUCUCAACCCGAAUCCUCUCACUUUUCCCUAUUCAUGUUUGGAACCCGAUCGGGUUGACCCGAAUCCGAAUCCAGUGGGUCAACCCGGGAGUCAACUGAUCCAAACCCGAGCAUUCAAAUCCUCGCCGGAACUACGUCAUGUUUCCGUCGACCUGUCGGAGGCAGAUCAUAGCUUCGGUAAUCAAAGUUCCAGUGGAUCCCAUGUUUUGAGCCCCGCAGCCGAUGUCUCUGAAUACCUCAAUGUGUCAUCGCUGUCGCCGGAAUCGGAGUCGUCUAAUCACGAGGAUUUGAACUGCUCUUCACCAGAGUCACUAGGUUCGGGCAAUUGUGGCUCCAACAUCGUGAAUAAUUCGGUAACUUCUUCUCUGAAUUUCGUGGAUAGUUCAAUUGAAUGUGGUUUAGUAGAACAUAAGGUUAAAUUAGAGGAAGUUAACGUGAAAUAUAGUAAGUGUAGUAGCUCAAUUUUGAAGAGGAAAAAAGUGAGUGGAGAUUGUUUAGAUUUAAAGGAUGUUAGCAAAUACCAAAAGUCUGAUUUUGUAGUUGAGUGUAGCAAUGUUAAUAGUGGCGGAGAUGAUGAUAAGAAGAAAGCGAGAUUAAUGAGGAAUAGGGAAAGUGCUCAGUUGUCGAGGCAAAGGAAGAAGCAUUAUGUUGAGGAGUUGGAGGAUAAGGUGAGGACAAUGCAUUCAACAAUCCAAGAUUUGAAUGUUAAGAUAUCGUAUAUAAUGUCGGAGAAUGCGAGUUUAAGGUCACAGAUGGGUUGCUCUAGCGUGGCUCUGCAGAUGCCACCACCACCCCCUGGGAUGUACCCAAAUCCUGGAGUGAUGUAUCCUUGGAUGCAUUGUGCUCCACCUUAUAUGGUGAAGCCACAAGGAUCACAAGUGCCUUUGGUUCCUAUUCCGAGGUUGAAACCACAAGCAGCAGCACCUCCAUCUAAGAGUAGUAAGAAAGUAGAGAAUAAGAAGACCGAGGUGAAAACCAAGAGGGUUGCGAGUGUUAGUUUCCUUGGUUUGUUGUUCUUCAUGCUUCUAUUUGGUGGAUUGGUUCCUAUAGUAAAUUUGAGAUAUAGUGGAUUGAAAGAACCUUUAACAAGUCGAGAUUUUUCUCGAAGUGGGUACAGCGAAAGGCAUCAUGGAAGAGUUUUGGCCGUCGAUAGGCUAGUUAAUAAGAGUAGUUAUUCAGGGCAUCAUAAUGGGAGGGAUUACGGGGAUAAUUGCAGUCGGCAAGUUCAGAGAGUAAAUGUUCAGCCAAAUUGCAAUAGAGGCGCAAAUGAGUUCGUCCGCUCAGGCAAUGGUAGUGAGCCUCUAAUGGCCUCUUUGUAUGUUCCCAGGAAUGAUAAACUUGUGAAGAUUGAUGGAAACUUGAUAAUUCAUUCUGUUUUGGCAAGUGAGAAAGCCAUGGCAUCACAUAGAAAUGGAGAUAGGAAGAUCAAUGUAGAGACAGGUCUUACAGUUUCUAGAGAUUUGCCCCCUGCCUUCCCAGGGCGUCAUCCCCACAAUUACCGUAGUCCUGCUGAUGGGAAACGGGCUCUUGGAUCUGGGGAUAAAGAGAAAGCUAAGUCAACUAUGCAGGAAUGGUUCCUUGAAGGUGUUGCUGGGCCUAUGUUGAGCUCAGGCCUGUGUACUGAAGUCUUCCAGUUUGAUGUGUCUUCAUCUCCAGGAGCCAUCGUUCCUGCAGCCACUGUUAGGAAUGUUUCUACGGAAGAGGGGCAGAAUGCUACACGCACCAAGGGAAGAAAUAGAAGAAUCCUUAAUGGUCUUUCUGUUCCUGUUACACACAACAUAUCUGAAGAACAUGAAGGAAGAACUGGAAAAGAAGAUGACCUUGCUGGAAAUAGUUCAGUUUCUUCAAUGGUUGUCUCCGUGCUAGUUGAUCCACGAGAGGCAGGUGAUGGUGAUGGGAUGAUUGGACGAAAAUCCAUCUCUCGGAUUUUUGUUGUUGUGUUGAUGGAUAGCGUGAAGUAUGUCACGUAUUCCUGCAUGCUUCCUUUUAAAGGAUCUAUUCCUCUAGUGACUACCUGAGAAGUUAUGUUGUACAAGCAGCUUUACUGUCACGACCCCAUUUAGGGUCAUGACUAGCGAGCGCUAAGGGGUAGGAUCCCAAAGCAAGCCUGGAAUUUUAUAGAAAACCGGGCUGAGUUUCCCUUAUUACUGAAAACAUGUAAUUUUCAUCAACUAACCAAACAAUUCUCCACCAUUUGCAAUCUAAUACUAAAUCCAUCACCAAAA